UUAAACUGUUUUUGCACAUCCAGACGCUUUUACGCUUGGUUUAAUAUUAUUCUCUUAUUUUGCUUUUGAAUCCUUUUGCAACUAAAAUUGUAACAAAAAUUUAAAUGGACAAAAGCUUUUGGGAAUUUAACAAAAAAUUUGAUAUAACAUUUUUGGUUGAAGGCGAAGAACUUUACGUACACCGCUACGUUUUAUCAUCGAGUUCGCCCGUAUUCAAGGUGUUGUUAGAGUCAGAUAACUUUGUUGAAAAAAAUAAACGCGUCAUAUCUCUGCCAAAUAAAAACAAAGAGAAUAUUCAAGAAAUGCUUAACUAUAUAUAUCCAUUUGGACACCAGAUUUCAGAUAAAACUAAUAUUGAUUGUUUGCUAAUUUUGUCACGUGAAUACCAGAUAAAUAAAAUUCAUAAUUUAUGCGAAGAAUUUCUUUUGAAGAAAGUACCAACUUUUGAGCUGUUAAUUACUGCGCAAGAGUUUCAGUUAAAAAACCUAGAAAGUAAGUGUAUUGAAUACUUCUCUGAAAAAGCUUUAAUAUCGUUGGAAAAUCAUCCAAAGUAUAACGAGUUAAGUGAAGAUAAUAAAUUGCAACUUGCUGAGAGACAAAAUAUGACUUUGCAAGCUGCAUGUGAUAAAGCUAGAAAAUGUCAAUUGCAUCCCAUGCAGAUGCUAUGGAUGAUUUCAAGUCAGCUAGUAAAAUAUAUAUUGCUUACCACCUUCAAACACUAUAUGUGGCAGCUGUGACCAAGCAUUCAUAACAAUGUUAAGGUCUGGCCACUUCAAUGUUACAAUUUUUUUGCUGUUGAAAUAUUUUUUUACUAUCUUAGCUGUAUGAACGUUAGCAUUAUCUUGCUGAAGAACAAAAUUUUCACCACUUAAUACAAAUGCUUGACGUCUUUAAAAUUCUUGAAAAA